AUGCUCGCGGCCCCCAUCUUCCGUUCGACCCUGCUGCUCUGCUGGCUCGUUGCCCCGCAGCCCGCGAGGCCCGAGACCCUCUUCCACAGCCGGGACCGCUCGGACCUGGCGCCGUCCCUCCUACGCCGGGCCACGCCCAUCGCCGACCUCUUUGCAGCGCAGCGGUUCCUGUCCAAAUACGGCUGGGCAGACGCGCCCCCGGGUGCGGGGUCCGCGGCCACAGUGUCCCGGGGUCCCCGCCCGGACCGGUCUCGUGAGGGCCCCCCAGGUACUGCCCUGGCUGCGGCCCUGCGCGAGUUCCAGAAGGUCAACGCACUGCCGGCAAGCGGGGAGCUGGACGCGGCGACGCUGGCGACCAUGAACCGGCCUCGCUGCGGCGUUCCCGACCCUCGAUCCCAGCUGCGGGCCGUGAGCACCGCACCCCGGACCCCGCCAAGCCUCCUGGGCCGGCGCCCCAGGACCCGGCCGAAGCGCUUCCUGCAGAUUCUGCUCCCAGGGCCAGGCUGGCAGCCCAAGAACCCCCCGCAGGGUGGGGGCACCCAAGCCUUUGCCAAAAAGACCCUGACCUGGAGGUUGGUGGGGGAGGGCUACAGCAGCCAGCUCUCCGUGGAGGACCAGAGGUACAUCUUCAGGCUGGCCUUCAGGAUGUGGAGCGAGGUGACACCACUGGACUUCCGUGAGGACCUCACGGCCCCUGGAGCCACAAUUGACAUAAAGCUGGGUUUUGGACGCGGCCGGCACCUGGGCUGUCCUCGGGUUUUUGAUGGGAGCGGUCAGGAGUUUGCGCAUGCCUGGCGCCUGGGCGACAUUCACUUCGACGAUGAUGAGCACUUCACACCUCCCACCAGUGACAAGGGCAUCAGCCUUCUCAAAGUGGCCGUCCAUGAAAUCGGCCACGUCCUCGGCUUGCCUCACACCUACAGGACAGGAUCCAUAAUGCAGCCAAAUUAUAUUCCCCAGGGGCCCGCGCUUGAGUUGGAUUGGUCAGACAGGAAAGCCAUUCAAAAGCUGUACGGUUCAUGCGAAGGCUCGUUUGAUACUGCAUUUGACUGGAUUCGUACAGAGAGAAACCGACGUGGAGACGUGAUGGUGAGAUUUAGCACGUAUUUUUUCCGCAAGAGCUGGUACUGGCUUUAUGAAAAUCGAAACAACCGGACCCGCUACGGGGACCCCAUCCACAUCCUCACCGGCUGGCACGGAGUCCCAGCACAGAGCUUAGAUGCUUUCGUUCACAUCUGGACUUGGACAAGAGAUGAACGUUAUUUUUUUAAAGGAAAUCAGUACUGGAGAUACGACAGUGACAAGGAUCAGGCCCAUGCAAAAGACGAACAAGGGAAAAGCUACCCCAAACUGAUCUCAGAAGGAUUUCCUGGGAUCCCAAGUCCCCUGGACACUGCCUUUUAUGACCGGAGGAAGCAGUUAAUUUACUUCUUCAAAGGAUCCUUUGUGUUUGCCUUCGAUGUCAACAGAAAUCAAGUCCUUGAUUCUUACCCGAAGAAGAUGGCAGAAGUCUUCCCCGCGAUAGAGCCCCAGAACCACCCUUUCAGGAGCAUAGACUCUGCCUACUACUCCUACGCACACAAGUCCGUCUUCUUUUUGAAAGGCAGCCUGUACUGGAAAGUGGUGAACGACGCGGACAGACAGCACCAGGCCUGGCUCCCUUCCAAUGGCCUGUUCCCAAAGCAGUCCAUCUCGGGGAAGUGGUUUGAUGUUUGCGAUGUCCACGCCUCCACCCUGAAUAUGUAA